GAUAAUUCUUCUUUGUCGUCAGGGCCGACCUGAUUGACGGGUUGGGGCAAGGCCCCAGAUUGUUGGGAUGACAUUGAAUGGAAGGCAAGCUGUUCAAACCCUUUUUGGGCAAUAUUGAUGGCAAAUACGAGUAAUGGUCUACGUUUUUGAUAGCUAGAAGGGGGGGUUUCGUUCCUACUAUGCUUCGUUUGCCUUCACGACUUGCCAUGAAAGCAUGAAGUUCUCCGGGCUGCUGCUGGUCGGAGCUGCACUGAUUGUGUUGACGCACGAGAAAGAACACAUCAUUGUCGACGAGGCUAAUAAUCACCAUGCCUAUGAUCACAAAGCGUGCGGACCAGAGGGGCUAGGAGACGACCCCCUCCGAUCCUCUGCUGCCGACAUUCUCGCGACUGGCGAUACCGAUGCGUUGACUUACUACGCCGGGAACAGUGCCAACUCGCAUCCCCAAGAAGAUCCCAACACUUCCCCAGGGCACAACUGGAGCAGUACCAAUCCCUGCUUCAACAGCAUCAUUUCCAACGAUGCGUUCUGUGUCUUUACAAGCACUUCCUACACCAAUGACGAAGGAAUCUCUUUCAUCACCACCGCUCAACGAGCCGCUUACCUUACUUCCCUUUUAUCCUUCACUCCGCGUUCGAAUAUUACAUCCAGCCCUGCAAAAUACACCAUCAGCUCCAUCCCCGGUAAAGGCCUGGGUCUCAUAGCCAGCACCCGCAUCCCUCGCGGUUCUGUGAUACUCUCCUCACACCCGACGCUCAUGAUCGACUACCGCGUCUUCGACGAACUGCUGCGCACCGAUUACAUCUCACUCCAAGCGGCCGCCAUCUCCUCUCUCCCACCGGCCCACCGCUCGGCCUUUUUCGACCUCUCCACGCAAUCGAAGAAUGCCAGCGUCACCGGUGGUCUUUCGCGAAUAGCCCUGACGGAUACCAUUAUAACCACUAACGCUUUUGACAUCCCCGCACCUCCACCUCGGCCUCCUUCUCCUCACUCCUCUCCUCCCCACGACCAAAUCCACCCUAACGAUGCCCUCUGGUACACAGUCUUCGCCUCCUCCAUCUCCCGUCUCAACCACGACUGCCGCCCCAAUGCCGAUUACCGAUUUGACUGGAACAGCAACAAAGGAGGGCCAGGCCUGGUUCAAGUGAUAACUGCCGUGAAAGACAUCCUCCCCGGGGAGGAAAUCACCAUCUCUUACAUCAGCCCACUUAGAUCCCGUAAGGCGCGGCAGAAACUCCUGAGUACGGCGUGGGGGUUUGAGUGCUCUUGUGAGCUUUGCUCACGGUCGGGGGGAAGGGUGGAGGAGGCGGAUCGGAGGGUGAGGUUGAUCAGGAAAGUUCGGAGACUGUUAAAGGAUGAACAAGAAGGGGGAAGUAAUGCAGGAAGGGGAGAGGAGGGGGAAGGGUGGAAGAUGGGGAGUAGAGAGCAAGGGGAAGGGGAAGGGGAUAGAACAAAAGCGGCAGAGUUGUUGGUGAGUUUGUAUGAAAUGGAAGGGUUAUGGGGGAUGGUUCAUGAGGCGUAUGCAUUGGCGGCGAGGGAGUAUAGUAAAGCGGGAGAGACGUGGAUGGUGAUGAAGUGGGCGGCAUUGGCGGUAGAGUUUGGGACGAUGGUGUUGGGAGAAGGGGAUGAGGCGCUUAGGGAGAUGAAAGGGUUGGCAAGGAAUCCCUGGGGCCAUGGGGCUUGGAGUAGCCGAAACAAGAGCGAAGGGUAUGGGGAGGGAGAUGAGGAAGGUUGGUGAACCUUUUUCAUUUUCACAUGUUUCAAGACCUGUUGAUGUAUGAAACCAAAGUCGUUGGAAAGGCUUUAUUUGUUUGAUGAUGGUUGGCUGGCUCUUCUGUUGAAUGGUGCCUCUGAUGGUUCAGUUGUCUUCGGCACUCAAGGUUCUGGGCCCCGAUGUUCAGGUACCUGAACACAGCAGGGAAGGCGGUACUAACAGGACGUCAUCAGUGGAUCGUUUCAGGCCAUACGCGAGGUAUCCAUAACCACCCGGUCAUCCGGCUCUUGACGGAAGGAAAAAAAAAAAAAAAAAAACGUCAAAUAAAAUCUUGCCUCGAAUGCCAUCGGGUUG